AUGAAAUACGUGAGGCUCAGCAUUGUACUAACGUGUGUCGUGUCUACCACUGCCCUGUACAUACUCACAUCUGACGGUAGUUUCUUCACAAUAUUCGCACAUGUUGACACACACCUCGCGACCAGCAGGGGAAAUGAGAUCCAUAAUACGCCCCAAGUAAAGACCAACUUGGAAAACAAUCGUACACAAACAUGGAAUCCAGCGUCAAAGAACAUCACGAAAACCCCGUCUUCUUACGGUGAAGAAGUUCUCUCUAAAUUUCCAUUCCUGACUGAACACGUCAUUAACCCACAUAAUUAUAAAUACGUCAUCACUCCUACAUUGACGUGUGAGAACCACCAAGCUAUUGAGUUAAUUAUCUGUGUCCCAAUUCGCUUCGACAACUUUGAAGGUCGAAAAACAAUUCGAGAGACCUGGGGCAGUUACGCUAAAGUCAACUCCCAUAAUUCAAUUCUGAUCUUUUUCAUUGGGCUACCAGAAAUAUCUACAGCUGAAGUGCGUACGUCCCAGAAGUUAGUUCUUAAUGAGUCAGUUGUGUAUGGCGACAUCUUGCAAGAAGAUUAUGUGGACAGUUAUAAUAACUUAAGUCUAAAAUCCGUAUCUAUUCUCAAGUAUGUUUCUACUUACUGUUUAAAGGCAAGUUAUAUUCUUAAAGCUGAUGACGACAUGUAUAUUAAUAUCCCACAUUUAGUUUCUAGUUUGAGACACAUGAAAGAUAUAAAACCAAAUUUAAACCUUUUUCUAAUAGGAUCGAAACAGAUCAAAGCGCAUCCAAUAAGAUCAACUAACUCAAAAUCGUACACCCCCAUCUCGGAGUUUCCUGACGAUACUUAUCCGGAUUACGUAUCAGGUACGGCUUACGUCAUGUCGGCAAAUGCGUCAUGGUUGUUGUAUGAAGCGUCACAGAGAGUGCCGUUAUUCUGGCUUGAAGAUAUUUACAUCACCGGGAUGUGCUCCAAGAAAGCCGGCGUGGAGGUUUUAGACAGCGCUUUGUUUUCUUACGGCAAGCCAACGGUGUCAGGGUGUUCGUUCAGACAUCGUGUCUCCGGGCAUCGGUACAGCACGGUGGAGAUUCGACGAAUACACAGAGAACUCAACGAUCAUAGCAUCGUAUGUUAA